CAUCUUGCAUUUUUUUCUCUGAAAGGUACCGAAUUUGUCACAGAAUAGCAGCUGAAAUUAUUUACAUAUCAUUGUUUCUUUAAAGGUUUGCUCGGAUUUGCGGUUUUUUUACACUUUCAUAUGGUUUCUGAGCAGCAUUACUGUGCUUGUGUGCCAAAACACACCUCGGCUUGUUCCUAGGCGUCGGUAUUGUGCGUCAUUUUCUUUCUUCGUUUUAUUUUUCCCAACCUGACGACAUGGCAACUCCCGCAGCUGUGAAUCCUUCGGAGAUGGCUUCUGAUAUUCCGGGCCCCGUGACGCUACCAGGAGCACCAGUGGGAGCAGGGCAGGUGAGGAUGGCAGGGUCCAUGCCGGGCCGUGGAGGGAAACGCCGCUCAGGAGGAAUGGACUUUGAGGAUGAAGAUGGAGAAGGACCAAGCAAAUUUUCAAGGUAUGAUGAUGAUCAAGUCCCUGGUGAUAAGGAAAGAUUUGCAAGAGAAAAUCACAGUGAAAUUGAAAGACGUCGUCGUAAUAAGAUGACACAGUAUAUCACAGAGCUGUCUGAUAUGGUGCCUACCUGCAGUGCACUGGCACGGAAGCCAGAUAAACUUACCAUCCUGCGAAUGGCCGUGUCUCACAUGAAAUCCAUGAGAGGGACGGGGAACAAGUCUACUGAUGGAGCUUAUAAACCUUCAUUUCUAACAGAGCAGGAACUCAAGCAUCUGAUUCUGGAGGCAGCGGAUGGGUUUCUCUUUGUCGUUGCCGCGGAGACCGGUAGGGUGAUUUACGUUUCGGACUCGGUUACUCCGGUCCUCAAUCACCCGCAGUCAGAGUGGUUCGGGAGCACUCUGUAUGAGCAGGUACAUCCAGACGACGUGGAUAAACUGAGAGAGCAGCUGAGCACGUCCGAAAGCUCAAUGACAGGACGCAUUCUGGACCUGAAGACGGGUACAGUCAAGAAAGAAGGCCAGCAGUCCUCUAUGAGAAUGUGCAUGGGGUCAAGGCGUUCCUUUAUCUGUAGAUUGAGGUGCGGCAGUGCGCCUUUAGAUCACAUCUCCUUGAAUCGACUGUCCAAUAUGAGGAAGAGAUACAGAAAUGGCUUAGGACCUUCAAAAGAGGGAGAACCACAGUAUUCAGUUGUCCAUUGUACAGGAUACAUCAAAGCAUGGCCACCAGCAGGCAUGACCAUUCCUGAUGAAGAUACAGAAGCAGGACAGACCAGCAAAUAUUGCCUUGUUGCAAUUGGAAGACUUCAGGUAACCAGCUCCCCGGUGUCCAUGGAUAUGAAUGGGUUGACGGUUCCUACAGAGUUCCUUUCUCGACACAGCUCGGAUGGAAUUAUCACUUUUGUGGAUCCGCGCUGCAUCAACGUUAUUGGCUACCAACCACAGGAUCUGCUGGGAAAGGACAUAUUGGAGUUCUGCCAUCCUGAAGAUCAGAGCCAUCUAAGGGAGAGCUUUCAACAGGUUGUUAAACUGAAAGGCCAGGUGCUCUCUGUGAUGUAUCGUUUCCGCACAAAGAAUCGUGAGUGGAUGCUGAUCAGGACGAGCAGCUUCACCUUUCAGAACCCGUACUCGGAUGAGAUCGAAUACAUCAUAUGCACCAACACCAAUGUCAAGCAGCUUCAGCAACAGCAGCAAGCAGAGCUUGAAGUUCAUCAAAGAGAUGGUCUCCCAUCAUAUGACCUGUCUCAGGUGCCUGUUCCUAAUGUUACUGCUGGUGUCCAUGAAGCAGGCAAACCAAUCGACAAGGCAGAGAGCAUGUUCACCCAGGAAAGGGACCCUCGCUUUGCUGAUAUGUACACCGGGAUUGCAACUACAGCUGACAAAAAAAUGAUGGCUUCGUCUGCAGCUGGAGGGACCCAGCAGCUUUAUUCUCAAGGCAGCCCAUUCCAGCCAGGUCACUCGGGGAAGAGUUUCAGUUCCUCUGUAAUACAUGUACCAGGAGUCAAUGAUAUUCAAUCAGCAUCUUCAGCUGGACAGAACUUGGCACAGAUUUCUCGACAGCUGAACCCAGCUCAGGUUCCCUGGACUGGGAAUCGCCCUCCUUUUUCUGGACAGCAAAUCCCGUCACAGUCCGGGAAGGCUCAGUCAUCUCCGUUUGGCAUUGGAUCGAGUCACAGCUACCCAGCAGACCCCUCUUCUUACAGCCCCUUGUCCAGCCCCACCACCUCCUCCCCAAGCGGGAAUGCCUACUCGAGCCUAGCUAAUCGCAGCGCUGCUUUCGCUGAAGGUGGACAGAGUGGAGGGCAGUUUCAAGGCAGACCGUCUGAGGUGUGGUCUCAGUGGCAGAGCCAGCACCACAACCAGCAGGGCAGUGAGCAGCACGCACACCAGCAGCCAAGCCAGACUGAGGUCUUCCAGGAUAUGUUGCCUAUGCCUGGGGAUCCCACACAGGGUACGGGCAAUUACAACAUUGAAGAUUUUGCUGACCUGGGCAUGUUUCCACCUUUUUCUGAGUAAAUGGAGAGAACGAAAUCUAACUUUGACCUUUCCCAACUUGGUUUGAUUCAUUCUGAGCAUUAAGUACCUUCAAGGCCUACAGCACACUGAGACUGUCUAAAUGCAUUAAUUGUACUCUGUAACAGGUGUGGGACUUUGCAACAGAAACAAAGGAGGAGUUUGCUGUUGCAUCAUUUAAUCCAUGCUUAUUUUGAGAACGCCUAGAUAUACAGCAUAUAUCACUCUUGAGGAUGAAAAUCAGAAUAUUACAAGAAAGAGAGAAAAAAAAUCUAAGUACAUUUCUUUAAUAACUAGAGUUAGAGACCCCAACUGAGUUAAUCUUAAUUACAGGAGGAAGUGGUACUGAUAGUGUGGUUUCCUUUUGUUUCAGUGAAACUGAGUCACUGAGAGUUCAUUUUACUUGUAUUCUGAGCAAAUAGGCCAGUCUGUCUUACUUUAAUUGCUAUGGUUUGUUUAGAAAAUGCACAUGUGCAUUGAUGCGAACCAGUGUUACAUUAACAUAUCAUCGGUGUGAAGGUAUUACCGUAAUGAGUUGCAUAAAAUGAACCAAUGUAGAAAUCCCCAUUCACUUAAUAUUCCUGAAAAAAAAUAAAUUAAAUAAAUAAUAAUAAUAAUAAUAAUAAUAAUAAUAAUAAUAAUAAUAAUAAAAAUAAUAAUAAUAAUGCAUAGUUUUGCAUACAUAUCAGACUGAUGAGGAAUUGUAUAAUGUUAAUACAAGUGAAUGAAACUUGUAGAAGUCACAAUAUUUUGAAAAUUUAUUCCCAUGUAAUUUAGGCUGUUGCAGAAUUCUUGCUGCAGUCCUGUUUUUGUUAUGCUUUUAUUGAAAAUGCUGAGAAUGGCUUGUACAAUAACUUCUAGCUCAAGUGAUGUACUUUGAAAGUGUGCAUAACAGGUAACAAUGUGUGAAAGAGAGAUCACUUUGUUUUACACCGAUCAGUAAAUUUAGUAGGAAUUUUCUUUUCUUUUGUAAAUAAUGCAACGUCUUUAUUAUUAAUAUACUGCUAUACAUUUCAUGCAGCUAUAAUAUAUAUAAUAGUGUGCUAUGUGAGUAAAUAUUUAACUAUUAAUCUUUAGUUAUUUGAUAUUUCAAGUGAGUCUAGAAUUGUAAAAGUGUAACGUGAUUCAGUAUUUUUGUGUAACUUUAUAAACAAAUGUGCUUAUGUCAAUAAAUACUUAUUGUGUUAAAUGUGUCAAGUUCAAAUGGUUAAACAGUACAUAAUGUAA